AUGAAGAAGGCACAAGACCAGACAGGGAGAAGCGAAGGAAGCAAGACAAGAACAGGGCCCUCAAGAAAAGCUAAAGAGGCGGAACCAUCUGGAGCGACCACAGCUACGGCUUCGAGUGGGGCAACCCCUUCAAGUGGAGCCACCACCGACACGUCCACAUGCACGUGGGACUCAGGGACGUCCAUGGCAGCGACAAGCAACAGGACGGACACCAGUGGUACGCAGGCCAGGACCGCACAACAAUCCGUUAUAUCCAGGAGUGAAACGGUGGUCGAGAAAGUAGGUCAAAAGACCGAAGAAGUGGCAUCGUCAAGGACAGUAAUCGGGCACACUAGUGACAAGGGGUCACAGAGAGAGCUCGAACGAGCACAGGCAGCUGCUGCCUUAGCCAAGUCUCAAUGGGAGUUAGCACGACUCAACCGAGAAGAGGAGAUCGACUCGAGUGAGGAUGAUGAAGAGCGGAAUAUUCAGGUGGAACCUUUCGUAAGGAGUUGGGUUCAACAGACCAUAAUGAGCGCGCCGGUUAGUGUAAUGCAACCCGACAUUAUUGAUAAGGAAGCGUGUAAAGGAUCACGCCGCAAAGGGGCGGAGAUCGAGCGCAACCAAGGAAAUGCACAGAAAACACACGCGAGUGAGGUGUCAGAAUUGACCGAAGCGAUUGUAAGUGCAAUAAAGAUAGCGGGUAAAGAUAAGUCUUCCCAGCUUCAUUUCCUCCAGGAAUUACCGGUGUUCGAUGGAGACCACGCACGCCUUAGGAGGGCAUUAAAGGGCACCGCUAAGGAAGCGGUUAAGUCAUUGUUGUUUACUUCGUGUGAACCUGUAGAAAUAAUGAACGCUCUCGAAAGAAGAUUUGGUAGGGUUGAGAUGCUCAUUCUAGCCGAAAUCGAGAAUGUAAAGCGUAUGCCAAGAUUGGCAGAAGAUUGUCGGAAUAUAGGAUCUUUUGCAAGUCGUAUUACGAACGUGGUUGCCACAAUACAAGCGUUGAAUCAACCACAGUAUUUAUACUCACCGGAGUUAGUAAACCGCAUAGUCGAGAAACUUGGAACUAUGAUUAAAUUUAAAUGGUUUGAAUAUCGAGCUCAGCAUCCUUUGGAGCCAGAGUUACAGAAGAUGGCCAAGUUUUUAAAUUUAUUGAGUGAACAAUUUGGAACGUCCUUAAGCAAUGAAAAUGUGCCUGAAAAACGGAAGCGUCCUGAAUUCAGGAAGCAAACUGUACACACUGCAAAGGGGUGUGAACGCAACCAUGUCAAAAGCGAGCGCUAUGAGCGCCAAAAAUAA